AUGGCCGCUGAAAAUAUGCCUCCGGAUUUCGUGAAUCGCAUGGAAAAGGUUCCAGCGCCAUAUCAGGGUGAACAACAAUAUGGCUACAGCAAAGACGGACUAUCUUGCGCAAUGAUUGCCUGGAUGCUGGACAUUGAUGUCAGAGCAGCCACCAAGAAGCGCGAGCUGCAACGGACAUAUCAGAGAAUGUGCCUUUACAUCAAGCAUAUGGAGCGUCUCAUGGACCAAGCCAACAUCAAAUACGACGCCUACAGCGGCGCGGAAGACGGUCGGAGAAUAAAAGUAGCCAGAGAGACCUUCAAGCCGCAGUUGAAGGCCAGGUUCAUGACAACAGCACCGUAUCCAAUCACAGCUCCGAUCAGCACCGACGGAGAGCUCUGCAGAAGUGUAUCCGAUGCACAGACAUUUGAAUACAAGCUUCACCAGUUGGAGGUCCUUCGGUAUAUGGAGAGGGCCGAUGAACCGGCAUUGACUGACUUCGAGGGGACUACGAGGAAGCCCAGACCUGAGACGGGCUGA